AUGGUGGUCGGUAGAGUUGCAGCUGGUAAGUCCAGUCUCGUCAACGCCAUUCUAGGAGAAAUGCCACGAAUCUCUGGUGUACUCGAGGUCGAAGGGCGAGUAGCUUGUGUCAGUCAAGACACCUGGAUCCGCAACGCAACUCUGCGUGACAACAUUCUCUUCGAACAAGAAUACGACUCUGAACGCUAUGCACAGGUCCUGGAGGCAUCACAGCUGUCAAUGGACUUGAGCGCUCUACCCAACGUAGACGCGACGGAGAUUGGUGAGCGUGGCAUCAACUUGAGUGGUGGUCAGAAGGCUCGAGUGGCUAUCGCUCGUGCGAUGUACCGGGCAGGGACGGACGUAUUGAUUCUGGAUGAUCCGUUGAGUGCUGUGGACCCGCACGUAGCUCACGCGAUUUUCAACAAAUGUAUCGUCGGUAUGGCACGUGACCAGACUCGGUUGUUGGUGCUGAAUAGCCACUACGACUUGUUACCGAAAGCUGAUCAUGUUGUGUAUCAGCGUCGAUAG